GCGUGUCGUACUAACCGGUCAACAUGCCGUUUAAACAAGCAAAGGGACAGAAGAAUAGGAAAAAUUCGAAAAGAAAAACACCAACACAAAGAACACCUAAGGGGAAGGAGCAGGCAAAACCGAAACAGGAUAAAGCAGGGAGAGAGGAAAGGAGAAGGAAGAAGAAAGUAUCAGCCAUUCAAGAAAUGUCUACUGAUUCCUGUGUGACGGAAGAAGAAGAUUUGUCGUCAGACUCGGAUGAAUGUGAAUCAAAUGUAACCAAACCUGCUCCAGCUCCAAAACCAAUUCCACAAGCACUGCGAGUUCCCGAUAAAAAAUUCCUUCCGGGUGCCUUGAUGAACGCGGGAGCUGCUCCCUCUUGGUUUACAAAACGUAUACUUGAAGAAGAACGCCCUGAUCUAGCUGGACGAAAGGGAAAGUUUGAGAUGGAGGGCAUGGAGCUCGAUCUGCUCGAUAGGUAUGUCCGUGACCGAGCUGAGCUUCAGAUGGAAGACCUCAUUGUGACAAACGACAAUUACGACGAGGACCAUAGACGUUUCCAAAGAUAUGAGAUACAGCUGAAGUACAACGAAGGACGGUAUUCUGCAAUCUACAUAGUCUCUAAACAAAUAGGCAUUGAGGAGAACAUUGUGGAUCAAAGUGGAUUAUUUGCGCUAAAGACUGGGAUACGUAAUGGAAGCGCCACCUUCAAUAUCAGAAUGAAGAGGGAAUACCGAAUCCUUGCGCAACUCACCAAAGCCAAAGCAGCAUGGGCGCCCCACUUAGUUGACAGUGGGACAGUUUGUGACAUGCCCUUCAUCGUAAUGAACCUCCUUGACAUGAACGUCGAAAAAUUGCGAGAACUGCUAGGUGGAAAGUUCCGUAACUCUUCGGCCUUCUAUAUUGCAGGAGAAGUGCUUAAUGGUCUACAGGAGCUACAUCAUAUGGGCUUCAUACAUAGAGACAUCAAACCGACAAAUAUCUGCGUUGGAGUUGGAGGGCAAUCUGCCCGAGUCUACAUUAUAGAUUAUGGUGAAACAGUUCGAAAAGGAAAGAAGAUUCGAUACGGUACACCUGACUCGUACACGUUGCCAUACUGGAGUGUCGACUUUCAUCGGCGGAAAGCAGCAUAUGAAAAGAGCGAUCUCGAGAGCUGGUUCUACACUGUUGCCGAUUUAUUAUCUCCAUCCAACAUAAAGUGGCGCGGAGAGUUGAAUGAACCUGAAGUAGUUAAAGCAAAGACAGAAUUCUGGUCAAGAGUUCCUGCGAGCUUGUCAGAGUGUCCGAUGGCAUUGAUAGCAAUAGCCGAACUUCUCGCACAAGAAAAGAAAGUAGAUGUAGACAAACUCAAACGAUAUGUUAGAUCAGGAUUGGAGCAAUGUGUUAAUAUGAAAAAGUUCACUCCAGAAUGGGUUAAAGGUGCAAACAUUUCAACGGCGGUCGGAUCCAGGAGCAAAUCGAGAACACCAGUCGCUGCAAAAUGAUAGCGAAAUUUCAAAGCUUCAGCCGACCAUACUUUACUUAGACGCGAUUCAAACUUGACUAACUUACUAGUAAUAACAAACUUGCCACAGGUGUUAUCUAUCUACGUGUGC